AUGGACGCCGAAAGCGACGUUAACCCGAAUCCGAUGUACCUGCAAAGCACCACGGAGCUAAUCGCCAGCCCUGGUCCUGGGUCCGCCAGUAGUCCAAACCCGAUGUACACACAAAACAUGAACCCUCAACCGACGUACUCAGAAAGCGGCAUUAACCCGAAUCCGAUGUACCUGCAAAGCACCAUGGAGCCUAUCGCCAGCCCUGGACCCGCCAGGAAUCCAAACCCGAUGUACACACAUAACGCUUCGAACCCUUAUCCGACGCACUCCAGAAACGACGUUAACUCCAACCCGAUGUACCUGCAAAGCAGCCCUGGGCCCACCUUCAAGUCAAAUAAAAGUGAAAACAAUCCCUGCACCCAGACAUCAGCUGAUACACAUCAGCAAGCCUUCUCCAGGCCAGCGACUAACAACGGUUCAGAAGACACUCAAGCAAGCCUGUCCUCCCAGAGUCAACCAGCGGCGGCUUUCAACAACAUCAAUGACGCCAAUGAUGUCCUACACGCACGCAAUCCGAAUCUGAUGUACGUGCCAAACGUCCAGCAUCCUGCGGCGCACGGUUGUGACGUAAAGCAAAAGAAGAUAACGUUUGGUGGGAGGGGAACAUACAACGGAGUUGCCGUGUCUGCUGACAAUGAGAUAUUUGUGACUGAUGCCAGCGACCACAAACGAGUCCAGGUCUUCAGUAUAAAUGGGACCUUUCUGCGGCUCUUUUCAACCGUCGUGCCGGGUGAAAGUAAGAGAAUGCGCCCUUAUGGUGUUGCUAGCGACGUGGGGCCUGGCUAUCUGUGGGUACUGGGGACAUGGCAAUACGGUGAAGGACAUGUCGUACAGUACAGUAAGAACGGACAGCCCAUCAAAAAGUUUGACGUAAGCCUCAAGAGCCGCUAUCCCGUCAUCGCGAUGGACGUGCGCAACAAUAAAGUUAUCGUGGGAGACCAAACAACCAUUAUGAUGUUUGAUCCAAACGGAUCUCGCCUUUGGAGUUCAGAAGUGCGUCCGGUAUACGGGAUCGGGGGAGUCACAUCGGACAAGGAGGGAAAUAUCCUGCUGACGGAUGGGUCUAAAACCAUCCAGAAGUACAAUCCCUCCGGAGUAAAGAUAUUUGAAUUCGGCACCUAUGGAAGGGGGGAGGGGCAACUGAACUCUCCUAAAGGUAUUUGUCUGGACACCUCUGGUCACAUCAUUGUGGCGAACUAUUUGAACCACCGGGUAGACAUGUUCACAAGCCAGGGCGAGUUUGUCCGCACCAUCGCGAGCAUUUCAUACCCGUGGGCUGUCGCUAUGGGACCAUGUGGAGAGUUGGUGCUGACUGGCCCAUUUGCCUACACUGUAACUAUCUUCCCACGCCACAUGGUGCUUCCUUGA